UGAAUCGCCCAAUUUUACGCCCAUGGCGACCACCCCAGCGUUGGCUUCGGUGGAGACCCAACCGCUUCCAGCGUCCAUUCAAGAGAGUCAAGAUGAUGUGCUGCGCUCGUGCAAGACCAAGGUGUCUCAUGCGACAGCUCAGCUUUUCCAGUGCUUGGCCACACACCCCCUGGAUGAAAGGACAGAGAUCAUCACACGCUGCGGAUGCUUUCAUACCUUUCUGCGGAUAGGGCAUGACUGCAUGUCAAACCUCGAAAUAAAGAAAGGUGCGGUCAUCCGAGAGAUCUUCAGCGCUCAGGUCGGGAACCACACCAGAGAGGUUUGCGAACCCUACUGGCAGCAGUGGGGCAUCUACGCCCGCAACGGUGAAAACUGGUUUGGGAGCCCUGAGGGCGUCAUGUGCGAAGUGUUGAUCACCGUGAUUCUCAUCGCGGUUUGCCUCUUUUGCUUCUGGGAUGUCUUAAAAGAUGACAUGGUGGAAAGAGAGGAAUUGGCCGAAGAAGCCAUGAAGGACAUGGAACAAAUGCUCAUGAAGAUGAAGCCUUCCCUGACACAGACUGCUGAGAAAGCUGCAUCGCUGACCAUUGAAGCCGCGGAUCGAUGCAAUAAGCUGGUGUCGCCCCACGGUCGAGGUAUCAGCGGUCUCAGCGAGCAAACCGACUCCUCGGAAGAUGAGGAGAACGACCGGAGGGCCGUCGCCUCGAUGCAGUGGAUGAGGAGCUGGAGUCCCAGGAGGGUGAAACCGCGGUAGCAUGCGGGAGCUGUGAAUGCCGUAGUAGAUCGUCCCUAAUUUGGCUGAAGACGAGGAACCUCCAGAGACACAGGUUUUGCGCAGGUCAUGUCAGGUCAGGUGAGAAUCUGAAUGUAAGACAUGUUUGGUCUGUGGUUACUGAGAUGAGAUGCUUCAAAUGUGG